AACGCGCUCGUAACGAGUUAACUUCGUUUCCCCUGGAACUUGACUCUACUGAGUGAUGAACAAUCGCUUCUCAACUCAAUCCUGAAGGAGUUUCCAACUUGCGAAGAAACCGUAGUUUCGUUGGGUCGAAAACGCACGCGGCGUGACCCACCUCCACCUUCACCUUCACCUAGCUGUGGUUUCGUCAUUUUUUAUUGGUGGUGCAGUUACAACACUGUGAAACGUGAAUAUGAAUUGAUGGGUUGUGUUAAAACUAGAAACACUUUGUCUCAUUCCCUCUUCCCUGCACUGCACUUACCCUUUUCCGUAUAGCGCAUAAAAACGUUCCCUUUCGCCUUCGUUUGUUCCAAGUUUUGAUAUUUUAGGGAGUGGGGCUGAAACUACGAAGAGGGUAUUGAAAUGGCACAUUUGCAAGGAGUGGAUCGGAAAAAGGGCGAUGUAAUCCGUUUAGAGCGCGAAUCUGUCAUUCCAAUUCUGAAGCCUAAACUGAUAAUGACACUGGCCAAUCUUAUUGAACAUAGUUCUGACCGGGGCGAAUUUUUGAAGCUGUGCAAGAGAAUAGAAUACACGAUUCGAGCUUGGUACCUUCUGCAAUUUGAGGACUUGAUGCAACUUUACUCCCUCUUUGACCCUGUACACGGGGCACAAAAGUUGGAACAACAGAAGCUAGCUCCAGAAGAAAUUGAUGUACUUGAACAGAAUUUCUUGACAUACCUAUUUCAGGUCAUGGAAAAGAGUAACUUCAAGAUAGUGACUGAUGAUGAGAUUGAUGUUGCACAUUCAGGCCAGUAUCUUCUAAAUCUUCCCAUUACUGUUGAUGAAUCUAAGCUUGACAAGAAACUUCUGAAGAAAUAUUUUGAAGAGCAUCAUCACGAUGACCUUCCAGAUUUUUCUGAUAAGUAUGUUAUCUUUCGGCGUGGAAUUGGAAUUGAUCGAACAACUGACUACUUUGUCAUGGAGAAAGUGGACAUGCUUAUUGGACGUUUUUGGGCAUAUCUGUUGAGACUAACAAGGUUGGAAAAACUUUUAUCCAGGUCAAAAAGGCAUAAGCAUAAUAAGAAGGAUCCAAAGAAGGACAAUGAAAUUAUCUCUGAAUCAAAUGGGAAUGAAUUUUAUGUUGAACGGAUACGUCUUGAAAAUAUGCAACUAAGUUUCCGUAACUUGCUGGGCAAGACCUUAAUCCAAGAACCAACAUUCGAUAGGAUAAUUGUUGUCUACAGGAGAGCCAAUACCAAAUCAAAAGAAGAUCGUGGAAUAUUUGUGAAGCAUUUCAAAAACAUACCAAUGGCUGAUAUGGAAAUAGUUCUUCCAGAAAAGAAAAACCCUGGAUUAACUCCAAUGGAUUGGGUCAAGUUUCUUGGAUCAGCUGUAGUUGGACUGGUUGCUGUAGUUAGUUCACUUGAAAUGCCUACAGCUGAUUGGUGGGUCAUCAUUGCUGUUCUCUCCACAGUAAUUGGUUACUGUGCCAAGACAUACUUCACGUUCCAACAAAACUUGGCUCAAUACCAAAAUUUGAUUACUCAGUCAAUGUAUGACAAACAACUUGACAGUGGAAAGGGUACACUUCUUCAUUUGUGUGAUGAUGUCAUUCAACAGGAAGUCAAAGAGGUAAUAGUUUCAUUCUUUAUUCUGAUGGAACAGGGCAAAGCUACUAGACAGGAUCUUGAUCAAUGGUGUGAGGAACUAAUCAAAGAAGAGUUUAAUGAGGAAUGUAAUUUUGAUGUGGAUGAUGCCGUUCAGAAAUUAGAGAAUUUGGGAAUUGUUACUCGGGAUUCUGUUGGUCGGUAUCAAUGUGUGGGGCUGAGACGGGCUAAUGAUAUCAUUGGCACCACCACUGAAGAGCUUGUCCUUAAGGCAAAACAGGGAAACUUUACUCCUUGAUGGUGUUUUUAAAGGGUGCUUAUCUCUCUCAUGUACAUGCUUGUAUUGGUUGAUAAUGAAUCUCCUGAAAUUACCUGAGGUUAGAAUUUUCCUUUACACAAUUCUAGAUUGAUGUCUCAUCUCUUAGAUGGAAGUUAGUUUCUGGUUUGUGUCUAAAUUCUUGUGUAUUUUUCAUGUAACUCUAUGUCAAUGUGUUGUCUAUAUUGUAUUUUUUUUUUCUCAAUAGAUUCUGAAGCACUCUCAAUUAUAAUGUUUGGACUAGUUCAUUAUUUUCAAGCUUUUUUAUAUGUAGUUUAGUGUAAUUACCACAGGAUGUUACCCCAACACUGAUUAAAUGUUGAAUCAGUGGGCUAAAACUGGUAUUAUUCACUCGUACUUGUAUUGUUUCAACCUUUUAUGAAAUAAUGAUAGCUAUGUAUU